UUUUGUUUUACUAUGGAAGAUGAAUUAGCUUUUUAGAACCUUCAAAAUGGUAUGAAUUCUUCUUUUUAUAGUUAAGCCAUUGAAAACAUGAAAAGAGAAAGAGAUGAGCUGUUAUAAGAAUAUCAAAAGGAAAAAACAGAUUUCUAAGCAUUUGAUGCAUAAAUUCGUAAGAUGCAAAUGGAGUUAGACUUAAGAGUAGCUAUAUUGAAAGAUAAAGAAUAAAAAUUGGCUAAUUAUAAUAAGAUGAUAGAGGAGACAGACCUAACUUAUCAUAGAGUAGAUUUAUUAACUGUAAAAUUAAAUAGAUUGUUGAAACAUCCAAUAGAUUAGCAGCAAAUUUAGAGAAAGAAACAUAGUUCAUAAGAGAUCGUUUCAAGCGUUAAUAAUAAAUAUGAUUUAAUAUAGAAUUAUGAACUAGCCUAAUUCCAC